AAAUUGAAUUUUUGAGUUUGUCAUCUUUCUGUUGAAUUGGAUUCAGCUGAAAAACUUUGAUUGAAUUGGUUUCUAUGUUCUGGUUUUGAGCUACAAUAUGUGGUUAAAGUUCAGAGUUGAGGUGUUGUAUUUCCGUAUUUCUAUGGUUAUAGUGGUUUGUUUAAUCACGGAUGAAAUUUAGGUGAAUUCUAGCAUCUAGCAAGCAUGGAAUUCUUACUUCAGUUUUCUAUGUGAUAAGUAGAUUUGCUGAUUGAGUUCCCUUGAACUUUUUUGAGUAUAGAUGAAGUAGAAUGGAUUUUGAGGGUUCAUAUAGCUCAACUAGUUUGGGAUUGAGACAUAGUUAUUGUUUCUGAUGAAGUUAUUGCUGAUGAGUAGUUAAUCGAAGUGGGGCAAUGUUGAGGUGCAAGGUUUUUUGUGAAUCUAUUAGAUAGAUAUCUAAUUAUCAGGAUCCUUUUUGUUUCCGUUAGAGUGUGUGAGAUGGGCUGUUUCAUGAGUGGACUGUUAUGAUGAAUUUGUGCUUCAAGACAACAAAAUGGAGGCGGAAGUUCUAGCUUCUUUUUUUUUUCUUCUUUUGUUUUUUUGGUGGGUUAUGAUAAGUGUGGAGUUGGGAGUAUUCAGAUAAGGAUGGCAGCUGGACCUAGUGGUAUGUAUAUGUGAUGGAGCACUUCACUUGAUUAGAUUUGGUCAUCUUAAAGCACUUAAAUUGACGUAACUGAUAAUAUAUGUUUUUUCAAUAAGUUGUGCUUUUUUGGGUAAGGUAAAUGGAGAGGGGGAGGGGGUUAUCUUUUCACGUUGGUUUUUUUCUAGGUGUAUGGACUUUCUUUGCAUGCUUUACACUUGGUAUGUAUGGAAUGCCUCGAACUCACUUGCGACUAACGAAUUCACUUAUGCACAAAGAAAAGGUAUUAGAAGGGUCCCUUAACCUUUGACAUUGUUGACAUAAAUAUAGUUUUGAGUAACUUAGCUGUUUCUAAAAUUGUUUCUCCAGCUGAAUGUACCUGUGGCACCACGUUAGUGUUUCUUUGUAACAGAUGUCCUUCCAGUGAUUCAACAUUUUUCUCGACAUGUCAACUAAAACCAGUAUGUGCUUCUUCCACAAAAACAACAUUCUUUUGGAAGCCAACCUUUGGUCAUGGAAAAGCUGUGUCCUGGUUGCACCUAUAGUUUGUACCAGGGCUUCCGGAAGAUUGAUCCAGAAAGAUGGGAAUUUGCCAAUGAGGAAUUCUUGAAGGACCAGAAGCAUCUACUUAAGAACAUCCAUCGUAGAAAACCCAUUCACAGUCAUAGUCACCCUCCAGGUUCCACAGUUGAUCCAGAAAGAGCUGCAUUUGAGGAAGAGAUUGAUAAACUUACACGUGAGAAGUCUGGACUCGAGGCUAAUGUCUCAAGGUUCAGACAGCAACAAUCUGCUGCAAAACUCCAGCUAGAAGAACUGACUGGGCGGGUUGGCAGUAUAGAGCAAAGACAAGAGAGUUUACUGAUAUUUGUUGAGAAGGCAAUUCAAAAUCCUGACUUUGUUGAGCGUCUUGCUCAGAAACUCGAGUCCAUGGAUAUUUCUGCAUUUAGUAAGAAGAGACGAUUGCCUCAAAUUGACAGCACUCAACCAGUCCAAGAAAGUAUGUCGGUGGACAACCAUAGCAGUUCUAGAGUUGAGUUUGGGAACCUUUCCCAUCAAGACUUCUCAAAUAAGCUCAGGCUUGAAUUGUCACCUGCUGUUUCAGAUAUCAAUGUGCUUUCAUGCAGCACCCAAAGUUCGAAUGAAGAUGGCGGAAGCCCUGCACAUAGGAGAAUAUCUGAAGGAUGGUCCAGAGAAGUGCAACUUCGAACGGUAGGAGCUAUUUAUACCCCUGAAGCAAUAGAACUAUCAGAUACAGGGACGUCUUUUAUGUUGAAGAUGGAUUCAUCUCUACCUCGUGCUUCAAGCAAUGUUGAAAGCUCAAGACUGCAUUCCUUGCCACAAAGCCUGACAUCCAACGAGGAAGUUGACGGUCACAUUUCCUGCCAACUGAAUCUUUCUUUGGCUUCAUGUCUUUCACAAGUCGAUAAAAAUCAAUACUCAGCGAGGAUGCCUCAAAUAGGUCAAGAGAUAGGUAAACGUUUCGAAUCACAGUUCGAUGCCAAUGACAAAAUCCCUCCUACUGAUGACAAAUCUUUGCCACCUUCACAUGAUGCAACUACCAACAAGCAAGUGCCUGCAGCUGCUCCUGUUCGUGUGAACGAUGUCUUUUGGGAACAGUUCCUUACAGAAAGACCAGGCUGCUCGGAUAACGAAGAGGCUAGCUCUAGCUACAAAGGGAACAUCUACGACGAGCAAGACGAGAGAAAAUCAAAUCAAGGAGUAGCUAGUAACACAAGAAAGGUGGAACACCUCACCCUUUGAGUAUAUGAAGUUGUCAUUAACUAUCAAUCCCUGUUUAAGCCUAUUUUUUCCUGUUGUUGUUUUGGAAUCAUUAUAUGGCUUUGUAUGUAUACAAAUAAUAUUAUGAUAAAUAUACUACUGAGCAAAUAAGAUAUGUAUUUGGUGAUGAAAUGUUGUUUGA